AUGGGCUCAUCCCCGCCUAUCGCUGCAGCUAAGACUCCAAUUUCUUACAGCUUGCAGAUGCUGCUGCCUGACCCAAGGAACUCUCUGCAACCCUCAUAUGAACACGACCCUGCUUCUGGGGGCACAAGUCCACUUCUAACACCCCUUCCACCAUAUAAGGAGGAUGUGGGUGCUGCUGCCAUGGCUCCCAUUGAGCCUGACCCUUCUCUGCUCAUUCAGCGCCUUCUACCUCUGGCCUCUUCUGCAUCACCAGGCCCAACAGCAGCCUCCUUAGACCUUGGGUGCUCACCCACAUCCCUCACAGCCUCUCAGUCCCCAGAGCCACUGCUUCCACUAAAAAGACUUUCACCCCCACCAUUUACACUUCCUGUCAGCCCACCAUAUCGCCAUGAUCCUAACACAUCCCCAAAACGCUGGUGGGACUCGAAAGAGAGGCUAGACCAACAGCUCGGUCCUCAUCACCUUGCAUAUAUGAAGAUGUUGGGUAUCCCCUUUGGGCAGACUUGGAUCCAGUUCUUCUGGGGUCUGCCCUCCCUGCACAGUGAAUCCUUGGUUGCUGCUGCCUGGAUCUCGCAGAAUCCUUCUCUGCAGACUACCCCUCUUUUAUUUAACCAAAUCACAAAUGUAGGCCCAAAUGAAUUGGAAGAUAAAAUGUCCCCACAGCCCCAGUCCUCUCUUCACCACCAAAUGCCCUCUCUGGUUCAAUCCACCACCAAAUCCCAAACCAGUUCUCUGCAAAAAGCCCAUUCCCCAGCCCAUCUGCAAGCUUUUACCCCAUGCUUCCCUCCAUGUUAUCUUUGCCAUGGCAGGGCGUAUAAAGCAGCUUGGCCUGCACCCCAGGACAUUCCACAACAGCUCAGCCCCACUGAAGCUCCACGCACAGGAAGGGCCUUAAGAUCACAGGCCCAGAGUGAGUUGGCCUCCCAAUCAAUGGCCCUAGGCUCUGAGGAAGACUACAGUUCUCUCACUCCAAAGCUUUCCGAGGACCACUGGCCCUCUGCCAGCCCUCUUCAGGCUUUUUCACUUAGUCCAGAGAACUGGUACCAAGUAGCCCACCAUAUUAAAAAGUUGGUCAUUCAAUACCAGCAGAACCUGACCCACAGGAUCCAAGGACCUGUAGAAGUCACAGAGCCUCAGAGUGCCACAGCUCACUCAGGAGAGAGAGAGGAUGAACCUGGUCCUUCAGAGUGUUCCUCCAUGUCUCCUGGUGGCUGUAAGAAGGAAGUGCAGGAGGUUAAGCUGCAGAGAGAGGACAGGAAUGUGGAGCAAAUUCUAGACACUGUCCGGAAAGAUCCAUCGAGGUCCUUGGAAAGAGGUUCAGGGAAGUUUCUGGGGGCAACAUCGGCAGAGUGUGAAAGAAACCUCAAAAGAACUAUGGAAGAUCACAAAAAUCACAUAGAGCAUAUCUUGAGAGCACAUCUGUGUGUGAAGUCAAAGCAGACCCAGGAGGGAUGGAUCCCUCUGAGAGUGCGCCGGUCCUGGCUUUCUUACAAUGGAGCUUUGUUCACCCAGGUAGAUACCAAAAAUCUGAAAUCCCUCAAGAGACAGGACUCUAGCGUGACCACAUGCCAGAAACUCCCCUCUCUUAAUCCAUGUACUCUGAAGACCCUAGAGGUGCAUAUUACAAUGAUUUCGGUGAGACACAAAUGGCGUCUCCCUCUCAAGCUCCUUAGGACCAUACACCUCUUUAAAGAGGGAAAAUCUCCACUCUCAUCUUCUCAAUAUUCAUUUUCUUCCACAGCCAUGGGCAUGUCCUUUGUUGACUCUAGCGUUGAACAUGCGAAGUUCCUAGAACCAACACCUGUAGCAGGUCAAAUCGAGGAGGUGACACUUAAUGGGUCUGUCCCCACAUUGGGCAGACUGCUUGUCUCCUCACCCAUGUGUAAGGAGACUGUGACAGCCCUAACAGGGAUCUCACCUGAUGAUGCCCAGGGCUCCGUAAAUGCCCCUCCAGCUGGACUGGGCAACACGCAGCCUUCCCAGCAGUUGAUACACAGUCCCUCCAGCAUGACCUGCAAGAGCAGAAGCAUGCUGGACACAGGCAGAGGCAGCCUAGAAAUUUCUGCAGUGCCUGCAAUGUGUGGUGUGCAGGCCAGAGCACAGCUAGGGCCUCAGCUAGGCAUCGGGAAAGCAUUAGAAAAUACAAUGAAGAUACAGUUAAGGAAUCAGGCCCCAAUCUCUAUCCCUGAUAUGAACAUUCUGGACUCCUCUGUGGAUUCAAUCCAAGCUCCAAACACUUUGUCCUCUAUGGCAUCAAAGAGCCAUCUCCACAACACAAGCCUUAAGGACAUGAUAAAUUCACAGAUGUUAGACAGUGAAAAGAUCCUGGAUCAACAGAAGCUUAGGAUCCCAAAUCAUCAGCACCCAUGGAAGAUGGAAAAGAUAUGGGUCCCAAAAAACAAGGGUGAGGCCUGUAGGACACACAGUCCAAAAAUACUUGAAGGCAAGGAAAUCUCCACACCCAGCCAGGAUGGAAUUGAAGACACCAUUAUAUGGAAAGCCACUGAGCUCCUUCCACAGAAGAAAUCUGUUCCUGUGGAAGGCUACUUCCAAAGAAGGAUGAAGUCAUUUUUACAGUGGGUUUCUCCAAAGAAACACAACACAGGUCCUGAGGAAGCCCAGAAGAAAGCCAAGACUGCAUCCUCCUCUGCCCAGAGACAGAGAUUGGACAAAAGCAUUCCAA